UGUUACUCCUGUGGGAAGAGGCGGUGCUGGUGCACAGGUACACUCUUCUCUCAGGUAAAACUCUUCCUAGCAAACACGCACAAUCCUCUGGCGCCCAUCGGACACACACACCUGCUAUCGCCCACGCUCCACGGGAGGACGGGGAACGAACCGGAAACCAAUAGGACCCAACAGGUCCAUCAAGACCCUUCGGGACCCCGAUAGGAACCUCCGGGAGCAUCCAAGACCCGGCCACGACCACCCACCCCCACGGGAACAUGGCCAACUCGGCUCUGGAGAUCCUGGGCAUGCUUCUGACCCUGAUCGGGCUGAUCGGGGCGGCGGCCACCACCGGCAUGCCCAUGUGGCGCGUGACGGCCUUCAUCGGCGAGAACAUCAUCGUGUUCGAGACGCGCUACGAGGGCCUGUGGAUGAACUGCUUCCGGCAGGCGGACAUCCGCAUGCAGUGCAAGGUGUACGACUCCCUGCUGGCCCUGUCCGCAGACCUGCAGGCGGCCCGGGGCCUCAUGUGCGCCUCCCUGGCCCUCGGGGCCUUGGGGCUCCUCAUCGGACUGGUGGGCAUGCAGUGCACCUCCUGCAUCCAGAACAACGACCGCGCCAAGCGCAUGAUCCUGGUGAUCGCCGGCGUGAUGGCCAUCCUGGCGGGCUUCUGCGUCAUCAUCCCCGUGUCGUGGACGGGCCACGUGAUCAUCCGGGACUUCUACAACCCCCUGCUGAUCGACGCCCAGCGGCGGGAGCUGGGCGAGGCGCUGUACAUCGGCUGGGUGUCCUCCGUGCUCCUCAUCGCCGGCGGCUGCUUCUUCGCCUGCUGCAACCUGCAGUCCGAGGAGAAGCCCCGCGAUAGGUACGUGUACGGGCAACGGACACCCCCGUACACGAGCUACACCCCGCAGUACCAGCCCCAGUCGAUCAUGAUGGCCCCCCCGCAGCCCAGAUCCCAGCCCGUGUUGUCGAGACACCCCUCCACCAACUACAGCUACCAGUACAGGUACCCCUCCUCCAUCCGGAGCGCACAGCACCUGCUCUGAGCUCCAUCCCCCCCACCUGAACCCCCAGCCGUACCCCAACCCACAACCACCCACGCACGCUUGGACCGGCAGGGAAGGAUGUAGUUGAAGGAUUCUGGUUGGUUAGAGGACAAGGCCAGGAACUCUUUUUAUAGCUGUCUUUGUUUCAGCAGCUCUGUUUACUCGUGGUGAAGCACAUUUCAACAUCUCGAGCAAGGAGAGAUGAACUGAAAACUAAUCUCUUGCAUUUCGUCCAUGUAUUCAAUCGAAUGGUAUGUGUCCAUUCCUCAGUUAUUAUUUUUGUAUUUUAUUUUUGUGUUGUAAAUAUGUGCAUUGGUCAAAAAUAGUAGACUUAGUUCUUAGAUAAAAAAUUGUAAUGGAACUAGAAUAUAAUAAAAACAACAUAGCCUUAAGUCAAUAAUAACC